AUGUGGCCACGGAGCUCGGGCUGCGCGCCACGUGGCUUUGCGCUCCAGCCUGGCGCGCCCAGCGUGCCUGGCGCAAGUUUCACCACUCGAGUCUGCGGGGACCUGCGCACCCGAACGGUGCUCGCCUUCCGCCGCCAGAUGACGCUCUCGAGGCGCCUCCACGACGUGGCGGUGGCGUUGCACGCGAGCCCUGAGGUCUCGGACCGAUGGGUGCUCAUUGGAGUGGUGGUGGUCUUUUGGAAUUUCCUCAUCGUGACUCUGGCCAUUCUAGCCGAGAUUCCAAGUGAGCGUUCACGCAAGACCUUGGCCUUGGCCGUCGAUGAAGCUGAAGGACCCGUGCCGAGCCUGAUCCCAUCCUGGCAAGAGCUUGGGUUUGGUAGAGAGAGCAAGCCUGAAGAGAAGAGACCUUGGUCACCCUCUAAGGACGACCUCGAUGAGGGCCUUCUGCGAAGUGAAGGUCUUGAGGCCACGCUCGCCUUCGACUCCAUCGCUUCCUCGAGUCAGUCCCUGGUGGUCUUUGGUUCCCUUCUUCCCCGACAUGCAGAGGUCACAUUGACCCUCUUGCAGCGAUUCCUGCCAACCGAAGAGGAGAAGCGCUUUGGGCAGAAAGCGGUCAUGUUCUUGGCCACGCAGUCGAACGCCGAGGAUGAAAAGUUCUGGAAGCGGAAGGCGGCACAUUUGUUGACCUUGGCCCGGCUCGGUGCGGAUUGUGGCACCUUGCUGGCUGGGCUGCUGGAUCCCGAGCCCGGACAAGAUGUGGACGGGCUGAUGCAAUUUCUCCAUGGCCAUCCGAUUGGCAGGGAGGUGGCCCACCUCUUGCAGGAGCGGAAGGCCAUUGGCGAUCUCGUCACCCUCUUCGAUUUACGUGCUCAGCAAGACGACCUCGGACGUGCAGGAGGCGCCUUGGACACCUGGCCUGCGAGCGCUCAGCUUUGCCACCAGCUCUUCGUGCAAUCUUGCCGUGAUAGUCGCCCGGUGCUCGUGGAGCUGAUGCUUGAUGAAGCUCCCCCGAAGCCGCCGCCACGGCAGCGGCGACCUCCGACGCUGAAGGGCGCCGAGUCAGACACAGGGGUGUCGGCGUCCGCGCCGACGGACAGACCUGAACUGGCAAGUCUUCAUGCUCUAAGAGCUGUGCUGGCUGCGUCGCAAGCCGACAUUUUGCAAAGGCUUGAUUCAGAGAUCAUCCGCUUGAUGAAGAUGUUUGACGGGGUGGAUGCUCUGGUGCAACCCACAGGGGUGCAGGGCGCCCCCGUGAAAGCGCCAGCCAGAAGAGAAGCAGUCGACAUCCCGGACGGCCCAUGCGACAUGCUGGAGGAUGGAAGUGAGGGUGAGGCAUUUGUGCAGUCGGUCGCCAUGGGCGACAGCGCGAGAGACAUGCUGAGGAAGUACAUGGCCAAGGGACGAAGUUCCAGUAUGCAGGAGACCGGCACAGGGCCCAUUGCGAUUGUCCGUCGCUCCCGGCGCGCCAUGAGUAUGGACCAGAAACCGUCCGUGACGUUGCCCAAUCAGCCAGAGGAGGAGUUGUCCUCCGGUGAUGCUGACCUCCCUGAGCUGCAGCGACGAACCGCUUCCAAGCCUACAGACUACCUGCCAUCACUCUCCGUGAAGCGCCGGGCUGGCAACUGGUUCAAACUCCAGCCGAAGAUGCCUACGGACAAACGUAUGGGCAAAUCAAAGACCAUGAAGGCCAAGGCGAAGGCCGAGACCGUGAACAACGGGACGCCCUCGAAGACCACGCCGGAGAAGAGGACCAAGACCCGGCAGUCCUCGGUGAGUGAUGCGACCGCUUGCGUCCCCACCCCUCGAGCCGCUGGCGACACCCAGAAGUCGCCAGGGGCGGAAGAGUCAAGGGCGAUACAGGAGAUGGGUCCAGGCAUUUUUGGACGAAUGCACUCAGAGUUCUCCGUCGAGUCCUUGCAGAGGUAUGCCCUGGAAGGCAUGGGCCACGAGUCCGCAGAGAACCGAUGCACCGACAUCGUGAGCCACCCGAUGUUUGAACGCUUUAUGAUGCUGAUCGUGGGAUUGAAUGUGAUCGAGCUUGCGGUCAGUGUGGAGUUCGACUACAAUGCAUCCAAUCCAACGCUCCAUUCAUGCUUGGUCAUUAUCGAAAAUAUUUUCUGUGGCAUCUUUACGGUGGAAAUUAUCCUCAGAUCCUUCACUUAUAAGCGAUUCCUGCAUUUGCUACAAGAUGGAUGGUUCCUCUUUGACUUUUUGCUGGUGUUGUUGAUGAUUUGGGAGUCCUGGGUGAUGCCUUUUCUGACCGCUUCUGGACCGAUCCACGCGAGCUUUGAGAGCAGCGGAGCCUGGCGCAUGGCACGGAUCUUCCGCGUGCUGCGCACCGCGCGCAUGGCCCGGCUGGUACGGUUGCUGCCGGAGUUGAUGAUCCUCAUCAAAGGGAUGCUGGUGGCAUGUCGUUCCGUAUUUUUCACCUUGCUGCUCCUGCUGAUCAUCACGUUUGUAUUCAGCAUCGCUUUUCUGGAACUGGGCCGCGGAACUGAUCUGGAGUCGGAAUUCUUCCCCUCCAUCCUGUCCUCCGUGGUGACUCUGAUUUUGCACUGCAUCGUGCCGGAUCAGGAGGUCUUUUUUCGGAUUGUCGCACAAGACAAUCCGGGCCUUGGGCUGUUGGUCUUGUUGUUCAUCCUCUUAGGCUCUCUCACUGUCAUGAACAUGCUGCUUGGCGUGCUGGUCGAAGCUGUGAAGACGGUCUCCACCAUUGAGCGGGAGCAAAUGGUAGCAGACUUUGCUCGGAGGGUGCUUUGGCAGCUGAUCCAAAGCGACAAAGAGGAUCCUGAUGAAGAUGACUACUGCGAUCGAAUGAUCUCGGAGAAGGAGUUCAAGUCAUUGUUGCGGAAACCGAAAGCGGUCAAAGCCUUGGCAAAGCUUGGGGUUGAUGCAUCCAGCGCAGUGGACUAUGGCAAGAUGCUGUUUGAGGAUGAUGGAUCCGUGUCGUUCAUGGACUUCAUGCGAGCGAUGUUGGCCUUGCGCGGCUCCAAUAAGACCACGGUCAAAGACAUGGUCGAGCUGCGGAAGUAUGUGGGCGAGGAGUUUGCCGAUAUGCGGCGCUUGUUUAGCGAGUUAUGUAGUUUUAUUCAGAACACCAUGGGCGCGAUGGGAGUGGAAAUCGAAGAGACCUAUUGUGGAAGUUCCGAAGCGAAGUUCGACACGUUUGCAGAUGUUUUCAGCUUCACCACAGAGCUGGGAACCGAAACGCCCAGGACCAGCCGCGCCUUGCGACUGGUGGAGGAGCAUUCACCCAAGGAUGCCCUUGCAGCUGUGGCCUUGGCGAGGAAAUGCCGACAGAGAACGUUGAGCGGUCAGGUUUUUACAGUGGUGCCACUGGUGGAAGAGGUGGACGGUGAGAGGAGGAGCGCGCUGGACUUUCACGCUCCCGUCGCCCGAUCGCUGGGCUACGAUCUUCCGGUGGAUCCCAAUGCCGUGGGCUUACUCCCAAUCCCUCAUUGCGAAACACUGCCUGCAACACUGGAGCAUUUUGGGCUACUGCUCAGGUACCCCUCAGAGUAUCGUUUGGUGCUGGAUUGGUUUGACCGACAGUUUGGCUUUCUGGAUCGAAUCUUGACGCAUGGCAUCCGAGUGGUGAAGGUCGCUUUGCAUCAAAAUCGCGGCUUCCAAGCCUUGGGCUCAGGUUACAAGGUGAAGAGCCGCAUGAAGUCGCCACAGAGCUUGAUGAAGAAGUUGCUUCAAGGGCGCAGAGUGAAUGAUCUCUUGGGCUUGGAGGUCAUCGUUCAGCCUCGACAUUUACUGAGUGGAAAGGGCGAGGCCACCGCCUUUGCAGCGGCCUCGGCCAUUCUGAAGUAUGUCUCGAGUGUGGAGGCGGGUUGGAAGAUUGCGCCGAACUCCUUCAAGGACUAUGUGAGCAAACCGAAAAAGUCGGGAUACCAGGCCAUUCACUUAACCCUGGUCACUGACUUCCAGGCCAACACGCUGAGCGUCCGCCAUCAAUCCCAAGCGCCUUGUCAACUCGAGCUGCACAUCUUCACCACUCAGAUGAAGCUCCGGGAGCGGCAGGGUCCCGCCAGUCACGCCACUUACAAGUCCUUUCCGCUGUGCCCAGAAGAUCUCAUGGAGAAGCUGGGCAAUGAAGGUGUGGUCUCCAUUUCUGAAGUUGCACACCACGACUUUGAUGCGGAUGCCUCUCAGAAGUUAGAGGAGUUGGCCCAGCGAGCUGGCUACCAAGACAUGGACAUUGAAGACUUGAGACUGAGCCGAGCCCACGUGAACAAGGUGGUGUCCGCCUUCCAGGAGCUCAUGGCCGCCGAGACCACCUCGACGCUCCCGCUCGGCGACGAGACGGACGCCGCGAGCUUGCCGGACGGUUACCUCCUGGGCCCACUUAGCUUCGUGCAUCUCUCUGUGAGCAGAUCGACCGUAGCGCCAGGACGCAGAACCAGCCUGAUCCGGAGAGCACGUGGCGGCGAAGGGGAUGCCCUAGCGGUGGGGGACACUGUCAGUGCACUUUGCCCUGACGAUAGUCAAUGGUACCCGGGUGCCAUCGAGAAGAUCAAUGACGAUGGCACCUUUAGCGUGAAGUGGGAUGAUCCCGAUGGUGGCCCAGAGACCCACGACAUCGAAGUGGCAGACAUUCAGAAGAUCGUCAUCUUCAAAGACUACAAGGUCGGUGAAAGAGUGGAAGCGAUCUUCCCAGAUGAUGGCUAUUGGUAUCCAGCGGAAGUGACGAAGGUCGGCGACGGCCGCUUCACCGUGAAGUGGGAUGACCCAGAUGGUGGUCCAGAGGAAUCAGAAGUCGAUGCCAAGGAGAUGAAGUAUCCGCCAAUCCCUUAUGGGGACAUUGAGAUUGGCAAGAAGUACGACGGCACAGUGCGGAGCGUCUUGGACUUUGGCGCCUUUGUCGACAUCGGCGCGGAGAGCGAGGGGCUGUUGCACAUCUCACGCAUCUCGGGGGAGCGCGUGGAGAACAUCUACGACGUGCUGUCAGAGGGGCAGAAGGUGGAGGUGUGGGUCUCUGGCAAAAGGGAGGACGAGGAGAAGUUUGGGCUCACCAUGGUGGAGGGCAAGAUGGACAGUGCACCCAGAGCUCCUGCUGAUUUGACGCCUUUUGCAGAUUUACCUUCAGAUGAGUGGUAUAACGGCAAGGUGGCGCGAACUGCUCCCUUUGGCGCCUUUGUGACCGUGACCUUGGACAGCGGGGCGCAGGCCGAUGGCUUGGUACAUGUCUCGAAGAUCAAGGACGGCUUUGUGGACAAUGUCGACGAUGAGGUGUCCAUCGGACAAGAUGUGAAGGUUCGUAUUGAAGACGUGGACCUGGACAGCAACCGAAUGCGCCUCUCAAUGCGAGAAGGAGGCUUUGGUGGUGGUCCCAGAGCACCAGUAGACCUGACUCCUUUUGAGAGCAUUUCUCCAGACAACUGGCUGAAAGGCAAAGUCGCCCGGUUGGCUCCCUUCGGUGCCUUUGUGACUGUCACCACACCUGACGGAGAUGCCACCGCCGACGGCUUGGUCCACAUCACUCAGAUCAGGGACGGUUUUGUGGAAAGCGUGGAGGAUGAGUUGCAGGUGGGUCAAGAGGUGGAAGUUCGGGUGGAAUCCGCCAACAACGAAGAUGGAAAGAUGAGUUUGUCGAUGAAGCAGCCCUUUUAG